AUGACUCAUGGUUUUGCAGGCAUGGCGUCGUUGGCGUUUCCCUCGACAUCAGUACUGCCUGAUCCGUCCCACCGGAUCUCGACAGGUUCGAACUCUAGCCAGGGAAGCUCCGGAUUCGAAAGCAUGAAGGUGAGGGUUCAAAACUUUAAAGCAUUUGGAUCAUCGUCGCUCGCUUCGUCAUCGGUUGAUGCGCUUGACGAGUCGUUUUACUCAUCGGCUUCGGAGGCGCCCGUAAAUGUCACACAGAUGGUGGCGAAAGGCGUACCGGAGGCUGAAAUUCUAGCCAUCUGGUUAGAUAAGAUUGGUAUGGCCGAGUAUCUGGCGCUGUUCCUCACACAAGGAUAUGACCUGUCCUCAAUAGCACGAAUAACGCCGGAAGACCUGUUAACUCUUGGAAUCACAAAUCCCGCACAUCGAAAACGACUCAUAACGGAUAUUCAUAGUUGGCAGAUCACAGACAGCUGGCCAUCUGUGCCUCCCCAAGGCGGAUUGAGUGAAUGGUUAACGUUGCUGGCUCUACCGGAAUACAUAAGUGUUUUCGACUCACAGGGAUAUGAUACAGUACAGGAAGUUAUGAAUUUGAGCUGGGAAGAUUUUGAGGAUAUAGGAGUGAAGAGGUUGGGACAUCUGAAGCGAUUAGAUUUGUUCAAAGUCCAUCCAGUGCAGGUGCCCUCGCCAAUGCUUUCUGCACGCUCCGUCGCAUCGCCACAGGAACAACCUGUUCCCUCGUCAAGGAGAAAUGAUCCACCACCUCCAGCUCCUUCAAGUUUAUAUCGGACAAAAGCGAAUCUGAAUGGGAACAUCGAUUAUAUUAGUUACUCAAGAGGGUCGAAAGUGAGUCCAUUGCUAGAGCAACCUAAAACAUCUAAUAAAUCUUUUAGAACCCGCCUGCUCCUCCAUCAAGGUCUAGUGAAGAGAGCUCUGGAACUUACACGGAGUUGA